UCGAUGCGCCUACGGGGAGUUAAUAGGAACCAGGAAGGGCCCUUUUGAGAAGGCUCCUUAAGUAAAAAAUAAUAAUACCGGCCGUGUUCGGCGGCGGCUUGUUUCCCGGUUAGCGGGAAGUAAAACCACCCCGGGAUCAUUUUGAUCGCCCGGAGGGACCGCGGUCCAGCUUCCUCCAAGCCGCCUCGCCGCUGAGGCAGGGGCGGCCGUCUGCUGUCGCCGCCGCUUUCUCUCGGAGGAGGAGUCCUGGCUUUGCUUGGCGGGAGAACGAGAAGAUGACCCAGGCGGAGAAGGGUGAAACUGCCGCCGCUGCGGCGGCCGCAGAGAACGGGAAAGACAAAGAGCGCGACAAGGAGAAAGAACAGCGCGGCACCAAGAGGCCCAUCGUCCCCGCCGCCGUGCCCGACUCGUUGCAGGAGCAAAUCCAGAGCAACUUUAUUAUUGUGAUACAUCCUGGCUCAACGACUUUAAGGAUUGGAAGAGCCACAGAUACCCAUCCUGUUAGCGUCCCUCACAUCAUCGCAAGAAGACAUAAACAACAAGGACAAAUCUCAUACAAAGACAGUUGGCUUCUAAGAGAAGGACUCAACAAACCAGAAAGUACAGAACAAAGACAAAAUGGGCUUAAAAUGGUUGACCAAGCAAUAUGGUCUAAGAAGAUGUCAAAUGGUGCCAGACGUACACCUAUAUCACCUGAUCAGAUCCGAUCUUACAACAGACAAAUGCGACCUGCUAUUUUAGAUCACAGCUCUGGAGCAAAAUGGACAAAUACUACUCAUCACCCAGAAUAUGUUGUUGGUGAAGAGGCAUUAUAUGUUAAUCCUCUGGACAGUUACAAUGUUCAUUGGCCUAUUCGGCGGGGACAGCUGAACCUCCACCUAGGACCUGGCGGCUCCCUUACUGCAGUUCUUGCUGAUCUUGAGGACAUUUGGUCGCAUGCAAUUCAGAAAUAUCUAGAAAUAUCUCUGAAGGAUUUGAAGUAUUACAGAUGUAUUUUACUAAUUCCCGACAUCUAUAAUAAGCAGCAUGUGAAAGAAAUAGUAAAUAUGACUCUCUUGAAAAUGGGCUUUUCAGGAAUAAUAGUGCAUCAAGAAUCUGUAUGUGCUACUUUUGGAAGUGGUUUAGGCAGUGCAUGUGUUGUUGAUGUGGGGGAUCAGAAGACAAGCAUCUGCUGUGUUGAAGAUGGGGUUUCACAUCAUAACACCAGGUUACGUCUUGCAUAUGGUGGCUGUGACAUAUCGAGAUGUUUUUAUUGGCUUAUGCAACGAGCUGGGUUUCCUUACAGAGAUUGCCAGCUAGUUAAGAAGACAGACUGUCUUCUUCUCCAGCACUUAAAAGAAACAUUUUGCCAUUUAGACCAGUCUGCAAAAGCAACAGCUGAUCGAAAAUCCAUGACCAAGCUGGGUGGAUUUGAUGGAGAUCUUCGAGGCCAAUCUGCAAGUGCUGAAAAUAUUUAUCCUUCUGAAGUGGAUUUAGGCAGUUCUCAUAGUGACUGCAUUAUUGGUGGAAAUGAAUCUGAAGAAAUGCUAACAACUCACAUGUCCCGAAAAUCUGCUGUAUCUCAGUUUGAAGGGAAAGCUUUGGGCCUUGACAAAGCAAUUUUGCACAGCAUUGACUGCUGUGCAUCAGAUGAUACCAAAAAGAAAAUGUACAGUUCAAUCCUUGUAGUUGGAGGUGGCUUGAUGUUCCACAAAGCUCAAGAAUUUCUUCAACACAGAAUUCUCAACAAAAUGCCUCCCUCUUUCAGGAGAGUUGUUGAAAAUGUGGAAGUCAUUACAAGACCAAAGGACAUGGAUCCACGUCUGAUUGCUUGGAAAGGUGGUGCUGUUCUUGCCUGCCUAGAUACAACACAGGAGCUCUGGAUUUAUCAACGAGAAUGGCAGCGUUUUGGUGUUCGUAUGUUACGUGAAAGAGCUGCGUUUGUGUGGUGAUCCAGUAUUAUUUAGAAAUAAUAAAAUGUUUCUUUGAUCCUUAAUUUUGUCUUUUAAAUAAAUUAAACAGAUUAAA